CUUUAACAUCUCUGUUUCCUCUGCUAAUCACUUAUGGCUAAACUAAUUCUCACACUUUUGUUCCUUCUCUUGUCCUACUUCUCAGGGAGUCUGACGUUAGGGGAUGAUCAGAAGACUUGGUGUGUGGCUAGACCUUCAUCAGAUGAGAAUGCACUUGAACAGAACUUGAAUUUUGCAUGUCCUAUUGUUAAUUGCAAUAUAUUUAACGAGGGUGGUCCUUGUUUUUUACCAAAUAAUUCAAUGAAUCAUGCUUCUAUUGCCAUGAAUUUGUACUAUCGAUCUAAAGGAUCCCAGUUUUGGGAUUGUAGCUUUGGCAAUUCUGGCCUUGUUGUCUUGACUGAUCCAAGUUAUGGUAGCUGCAUCUAUGGGUGAAUUCAUCAAGUCAUGGUUGGGAGAAGCAACUAUAAGGAGAUUAUUAUCAUUUUUUUUACUUUUAAAAAAAAGUUAAUUUCUUCUUGUAACAGAAUCGAGUUUAGCGACUCUAUGGCUAAAUUUAUGUGACCUUUUAAUCUAUUAUAAAAAGAAUGUUAUAUUUA